AGCAUAGAGGGCCUCGAAGUAGCACUUGCUCGUUCAUACUCUUUGCUAUCGACAUUCGAUAAAUAGAUUGCGACGAAGGUGGAAUAAUUCGCGCUUACGGAUAAUAUGCCUGUAAAAAUGUCUUGGCCUAUCGUAAUUGGUAUUAUACAUCCGAAUAUUGGAGGAUGGGCUGGUGCUUACUUCGCAAGCAAUAGUGUGAAGACAUGGUACGAGACCUUGAACAAACCUUCUUGGACUCCACCAAACUGGAUGUUUGCUCCAGUAUGGACAACUCUAUAUUGCACAAUGGGUUACUCUUCCUAUUUAGUAUGGAAAGAUGGAGGUGGUUUUGAAAAGGCAACCCUGCCACUUUCUAUUUAUGGAACAAAUUUGUUACUAAACUGGGCUUGGUCUCCGCUAUACUUUGGGCUACAUAACGUGAAAUGGGCCUUGUGUGACAUUGUUCUAUUGUGGGGAAGCACCUUAGCCGUGGGAUUUUCCUUCUACCAAGUGAACAAACUCGCCGGCUGUUUGAUCAUUCCUUAUUUCGCUUGGACUUCUCUCGCCGCUGCAUUGAACUAUGUCAUUUACAGAGAUAACAAACCAAAAGUAGAAGCUGUUACAGAUGGAAAAACUAAAUAAUCCUGAGCUACGGAUUCAUAGUGAAACGCACCAAUCUGAAACAUUACUUAUUAUAAAACAAUGCUUCGUACUUUUCGUUUUUAUAAUUAUUGCAUCACUGUUGUUUAAGAAGAUAAUGUGCCUUGCAUUGAAUGCAAAAUACCGUUAGUAUACAUAUUUUUAUUAUUUGAUAUGAAAUAAAGGUUAGUUAAUCAAC